AUGUCGACGUCUCCUCUCACGCCCCUUCACCCUCAAGUGCCGAGCGCCUCGUCUCAUUUCCUGCCAGAUCUUGCUCUGAGCCACUUUUGUCCUCUGCACGUCGCUCGUCGUCGCGUGUCCAGCGUCUUCCCCGGAAAACACCAACUAGAAAAACCACACCGUCCCCCGCCUCUCCCGGGUUCUAGGAGAGGUCUCCUAGCAUCGUGGGUGUCUUCAGGCCGCAGCAGCGAAAGGUGCCCGACCCUCCUUGGUAGUCAUCAAGCACCGUGGUGGUCCCCGACUGAGCUCGAUCGUCACCUCAACUCUGGUGAUCACAAUAUAUCUGCUGCCGCUUCGACGUCCUGCAUCUCCAACUCACCGCUCUGGCCGUUGCCUCUUGACGACUUUUUGGUGCUCGGUCCACUUCAGAACCAGGUUCCUGUUUCGACUUCUGCCUCUACAGAAGAACUGGCUCUUGGUCUGGGUCCACUACUCCAACAGACUCACCACUUGGAUCCGCCCUCGUCGUCGUCCGUCACCCCGGCCCUCUCUUCUCUCGACGACCCGGACAUGACCUACCUGAGUUUGUUUGGGAGUGUCGGCACUGAACAUGGCUUGGAUCAGAAUGGUAAGGCUCUCCCGAAACAUGUUGGAACUUCUCAUAAUACAGAAUGGACUAGUGGGUUUGCUAACAGUACUCGGAUAGAUGCUACACAUCGCCGACAUCAUUCACACAACUCCAACCAUGACCUUUUUAUCCAAGACGGCAAUAGCUUCUUGAGCCACGUACUCCCUCACCCGCACCAAUCCCCUCUUUCCUUGCAGAACCCCCCAACAUCAGCAGUUUCUCACGAGCGGACCACCGCAAACCAUGUCAAUCACGCCUUCCUCAAUACUUCAUCAUCAGCAUCAACGACGGCGAAACCCGCUUCAGGUCUGCAUAUCCCACCAAGACCUAAAUCCCACAGCUCUCCGGCGAGCAGCAGCGGCACUGGUAGCUCCAAACGCAAGUAUUCUGCUUCUCCUCCCGAGGAUCUGGAUCCAGAUAGCGAAGAGGCCCAGGUGGCUAUCAAGCGUAAGCGCAAUACCAUGGCUGCGCGGAAAUACCGCCAGAAAAGGCUCGAUCGAAUCUCGGACCUGGAAAUGGCAUUAGGAGAGGUUACCAACGAGCGAGACGAGCUCAAGUUGCAGCUUGCCCGGCGAGAAGCCGAGGUUGAGGCUCUUCGGGAAAUGCUGUCUAGGAAGUGA